UAUAUAGACCAUUUCGAACCACACUCCAUACCGGUAAGUGGCGGUAAUGCUACUUAAAGUUUUUUGCCAACCGCCAAUAAAAACCAAGAAGAAGAAGAAGAAGAAGAGAAAAAGGCUCGCCAGUAUCUGAGCAGUAAAAGCCAUCAGCUGAGGGCUGGACGGAAUCUUCUUUUCAAGCUUUAGUCUCGGUUACAACUUCCUUGUUGGUGACAAACCAUGGGACUCUUGACUGCUGCUGCUGCUGCUACUCUAGGAGCAGGAGGAGCGGUGAUUGCUGUUCCUCUAGUGCUGGGGGCUGUAGGCUUCACCUCUGUUGGAAUAGCAGCCAGCUCCUAUGCUGCAGGCAUGAUGUCAACUGCUGCCAUCGCCAAUGGUGGAGGGGUGGCAGCAGGAAGUCUGGUGGCUGUUUUACAGUCUGCAGGGAUGGCUGGUCUGUCUACAGCUACCACUGCAGCUGUAGCUGGUACUGGAGGACUGACUGCAGGGCUUCUCGGUAUUUUUAUCCGAAAAUGAGAUCAGAAGAGGAAGUACACAUGAAGAAAGAAAAAUGUGUUAAUUCUCAAUUAAAUCUAACUUUAUUGAUGUCUUACAAAGCUUUGUUAUCAAAGAAUUAUAAAGGCGCUUAAAAGUUUUUGCUGAUUAUUUUGUCAAAAUUCAUCUUUUCAUCUGUAAAUAUCA